UCCGCACUGCAGUUAGUCAACAGAAUUUUCGAGUAGAUUUUGCCAAUUUUAUAAAAGCUUGAGUGAGAGGUAUUCGAGUCGUAGUUGAAAGUGAAACGCCAAGUGAGUGAAGAAAAGAAGGUCGUCCGAAGUAAACGCGCAACAGUUUAUUAAGAUUCAGAGUUUGUUGAUAUCGGUGGAAAGGAAAUUAUCUUAAAAGUGUGAAAACUUCUGAAAAUUAAAAUGCCUGCAAUCGGUAUCGAUUUGGGAACAACCUACUCGUGCGUGGGUGUUUUUCAGCACGGAAAAGUCGAAAUUAUCGCCAACGACCAAGGAAAUCGCACCACACCCAGCUAUGUCGCAUUCACUGACUCCGAGCGGCUCAUUGGCGAUGCCGCUAAAAAUCAGGUCGCAAUGAAUCCCAAGAACACAGUCUUCGACGCGAAACGGUUGAUUGGCCGGAAGUUUGAUGACCCCAAAAUCCAGGACGACAUCAAACACUGGCCGUUCCAGGUUGUAAGCGAUGGCGGAAAACCCAAAAUUGUUGUCGAGUUCAAAGGCGAAGCUAAGAAGUUCGCCCCCGAAGAAAUUAGUUCAAUGGUGUUAACCAAGAUGAAGGAGACCGCAGAGGCGUACUUGGGCACAACCCUCAAGGAUGCUGUGAUCACAGUUCCGGCCUACUUCAAUGACUCGCAGCGACAGGCCACCAAGGAUGCUGGAGCUAUUGCUGGAAUAAACGUCCUCAGGAUUAUUAACGAACCAACCGCUGCCGCUCUAGCGUAUGGGUUGGAUAAGAAUUUGUCCGGCGAGCGCAAUGUGUUAAUCUUCGACUUGGGCGGCGGCACUUUCGAUGUAUCUAUUUUGACGAUCGACGAGGGUUCCUUAUUCGAGGUGAAGUCGACGGCUGGAGACACUCACCUUGGCGGUGAGGACUUCGACAAUCGACUCGUCAAUCACUUGUCCGAAGAAUUCAAGCGCAAAUUCAAGAAGGAUUUGAAGUCAAACCCAAGGGCACUGCGUCGCUUGCGAACAGCUGCUGAACGAGCCAAGCGAACUUUGUCUUCAAGUACAGAGGCCAGUAUUGAGAUCGAUGCGCUAUACGAUGGAGUUGAUUUCUACACAAAGAUCUCUAGGGCCCGGUUCGAGGAACUCAACGCUGACUUGUUCCGAUCCACGCUCCAACCUGUCGAAAAGGCCUUGACCGAUGCCAAACUGGAUAAGGCACAAAUUCACGACAUCGUCAUGGUUGGAGGAUCGACUAGAAUUCCUAAAGUUCAAAAUUUACUCCAAAACUUCUUCAACGGUAAAAAUUUAAAUCUGUCAAUCAAUCCAGAUGAAGCGGUGGCCUAUGGAGCUGCUAUUCAAGCAGCUAUCCUUAGUGGGGAUCAGAGUUCCAAGAUUCAAGAUGUACUGCUAGUCGACGUUGCCCCCCUGUCUUUGGGUAUCGAGACGGCUGGAGGUGUGAUGACCAAAAUUGUGGAGCGCAAUUCAAGAAUUCCAUGCAAGCAAACUCAAACAUUCACUACUUACUCGGAUAAUCAACCCGCAGUUACUAUUCAAGUAUUUGAGGGAGAACGAGCGAUGACGAAGGACAAUAACUUGCUUGGCACCUUCGAUCUUUCCGGAAUACCCCCUGCUCCGAGAGGUGUCCCCAAAAUUGAAGUUACCUUCGAUUUAGAUGCGAACGGCAUUCUCAAUGUCUCGGCAAAGGAGUUAGGAACAGGAAAUGCAAAGAACAUCACCAUUAAAAACGACAAAGGUCGCUUGUCGCAGGCUGAAAUCGAAAGGAUGUUAAAUGAAGCCGAGCGCUAUAAGGAAGAAGAUGAGCGACAACGCGAGAAAGUCACAUCUCGCAAUGCUUUGGAAGGCUAUGUGUUCAGCUUGAAGCAGGCCGUUGAAGAUGCUGGAGAUAAACUGGACCAGUCAGACAAGAAUACAGUUCUGAAGUGUUGCGAAGAUACCAUCAAAUGGCUGGAUGCGAACACUUUAGCCGAGAAGGACGAGUACGAGCAUCGCCAGAAGGAAGUCUCUCGUGUUUGCAGUCCGAUUAUGACCAAGUUGCACGGUGGUGGUCCUGGUGGGGCGAGCUGCGGACAACAGGCUGGCGGAGCAAGAACUGGGCCAACGGUAGAAGAGGUUGACUAAAGUUGGAAAAUUGAAGUUAACCGAAGCAUAGCUUAAGUUAUCGAAUAAUUAAUUUUCCUUUUGUGAUAUUUUUGACAUAUUCGUCUUUGGAAGCAAACAACUUGUUUGUAUAUCGUUGGAAAUAAAAUUCAGCUACCAAAAAUA